UUAUAGCCUCCGCCGACAUGCUGACUAUGCCAUCGGAAUUGCUACACAACCAUUUAAGGACAAUUGAUCCAGAAACUGCCAAUCGCAUCCAUCCAAAUAAUAAACGUAAAAUAAUGAGAGCUAUCGAUUAUUAUCAGGAAACUGGUCAAACACUGAGUUCGAAAUUGAAAGAACAGCGACAACAGCCAGGCGGUAAUCGUUUAGGUGGUCCAUUGAGAUAUCCACAUACCAUAUUGUUUUGGUUAAGAUGUAAUCAGGAUAUUUUGAACACUCGUUUGGAUAAACGCGUUGAUGCCAUGCUCGAACAGGGGUUACUGCGUGAAAUACGAGCCUUUCACAACGAACAUAAUGUGAACAAAAGUGCGGAAUAUACUAAAGGCGUUCUGCAAACAAUUGGCUACAAAGAAUUUGUACCAUAUCUAGAACGAUUUAAUGCGGAAAAUGAUGAUAGAAUUGAGGAGUAUUUACGAAAGAAUUCGUACCAAAUGCCAAGUGAAGAAAAAUGGAAAAAAUAUCAUUUACCUCCCGGCUUGGAUGUUUUGAAUUCUUGCCUGAAUGAAUUGAAAUUAGUUACGCGUCGCUAUUCAAAGAAACAACAAAAAUGGAUUAACAAUCGCUUCUUAGCCAGCCGUGAUCGUCAAGUACCCGAUAUCUAUGAAUUGGAUACCAGUGAUGUUAGUCGUUGGCGCGAGUGCGUCUAUACACCGGCUGUCACGAUAAUUGAUUGCUAUCGUUCGUCACAAGUGUGUGAGAUCCAGCCAAUGCCGAAGAGAACACAUCCGGGAGCGGGCUUAAAUGAAGAGACAACAAACUUUUGCGAUAUCUGUCAGCGACAUUUCAUUGGUGAAUAUCAAUGGCAUUUGCAUUUAAAAUCGAAUCGGCAUAAAAAACGCAAGGAAACCCUAAAGAAAAAAGAAGCUGACCAAGGAGCUUCACUGGAUAAAGAACAAUAA